UUCCACUCAACCACACAGCACACAAACAAAUGGCUAAGCUGUUCAUAAAACAAGCCGAGCAAUAUGCAGCCGGAAGACCCACUUACCCAGCUAAGCUCUUCGAAUAUAUCGCUUCCAAGACGCCCGCCCAUGACCUCGUUUGGGACGUCGGCACCGGCACCGGCCAAGCUGCUCACUCCCUUGUUGCACACUACACCACGGUUAUUGCCACAGACACAAGUCCAAAACAACUCGACUUCGCAACCAAACAUCCCAAUAUUCACUACCGCCACACCCCGCCGACAAUGUCCAUCGCUGAAGUCGAGCAGACAGUGGCACCACAAGGGUCGGUUGAUUUAGUCACCGUUGCACAAGCCCUCCAUUGGUUCGACCUUCCAUCGUUCUACAAAAACGUCCGAUGGGUCUUAAAGAAGCCUCACGGCAUCAUUGCUGCAUGGUGCUACACAUUACCCGAAGUCAACAGUGCUAUCGAUGCAGUCCUCCGUCGCAUCUACACUACAAAUUUUGGACCAUAUUGGGAGGCACCACGUCGAUUUAUAGACGAAGAGUACAAAACGAUCGAAUUUCCUUUCGAGUCGAUAGACGAAGAGGGGACGAUAACUGCAUUUGCAGCCGAGAAGGAGAUGAAGUUUGAGGACUAUUUGACAUACUUGAGGUCUUGGUCUUCAUAUCAGACGGCUAAAGGUUUGGGAGUGGAGCUUUUGAGCAAUGAAGUGAUUGAAGAGCUUAAGAAGGGUUGGAAAGAAGAUGGGGAUAUGGAAAAUGAUAUCAAAGUGGCUAAGUUUCCUAUCCACUUGAAGAUGGGGAAAGUGGGGAAUAAUAAUUAAAAGAGAGGGAUACACAUGGAAGGAAUUUGAAAAAACAAUUGGGUAUUUUUCUCGAUUGGUUUUAAUAAACAGUGUGAGUGUUUCCCACAAAGAGUUGUGUUCGACAAUUUGGUAUCAGAGCAAGGUUGAUGUGGGUUGUUUAAUCUUUUGGAAUUCUUAGUAUGUUCUGUGGUUGCAGCUCUGUCUGAUCUCCCACGUUAGAAACUAUUUCUUGAGAGUAUUAGUGAGUGAGUUUCUUUGUUUCAUGAGUAGUUCGUGACUCUACAAGUUUUGUGUCGAAAA